AAGAAGGGAGAUGGGGGAAGGGCAGAGGGGACAAGCUCCACCUAGGGCAGUGUCCACAGCAGUUGGAAAGGGGCAGACAGAACCCGGAGCCUGGGAAGAAAGCAUGACGCCAAGAGAGGCAGUGGCGGGAACCUGGGUGCUGGCCCUUGCUCUGUGGGGAGCUGUAGUUGGUGGUCAGAACAUCACAGCCAGGAUUGGAGAGCCGCUGGUGCUGAGCUGUAAGGGGGCCCCUAAGAAACCACCCCAGCAGCUGGAAUGGAAACUGAACACAGGCCGGACGGAAGCUUGGAAGGUCCUGUCUCCUCGAGGAGGAUCCUGGGACAGUGUGGCUCAAAUCCUCCCCAACGGUUCCCUCCUCCUUCCAGCUAUUGGAAUUGUGGACGAGGGGACUUUCCGGUGCCGGGCGGUAAACAGGCACGGAAAGGAGGUCAAGUCCAACUACCGUGUCAGAGUCUACCAGAAUCCUGGGAAGCCAGAAAUUGUGGACCCUGCCUCUGAACUCACAGCCGGCGUCCCUAGUAAGGUGGGUACCUGUGUGUCGGAGGGAGGCUACCCUGCCGGGACCCUUAGCUGGAAGUUGGACAAGAACCCCCUGAUUCCUGACGGCAAAGGGACAAUCGUGAGGGAGGACACCACGAGACACCCCGAGACAGGGCUCUUCACGCUGCAGUCCGAGCUGACGGUGACCCUGGCCCCAGGGGGGGCCGCCCGUCCUACCUUCUCAUGCAUCUUCAGCCUGGGCCCUCCCCGGCAGCACAGUCCCUCGAACACAGUCUCCAUCCAGCUCCGUGUCAAGGAGGGGAUCCAGCUGUUGGUUGAGCCAGAAGGUGGGGUAGUCGCUCCUGGUGGGACAGUGACUCUGACCUGUGUCAUCCCUGCUCGGCUCCCGCCUCAGAUCCACUGGGUGAAGGAUGGUGCACCCCUGCCCCUUGCCACCAGCCCUGUGCUGCUUCUCUCUGAGGUUGGGCACAAGGAUGAGGGCAUCUACAGCUGUGUGGCCAACCAUCCUAGCCAUGGGCCGCAGGAAAGUCCCCCUGUCAGCGUCAGCAUCUCAGAAGAAGCAGGCGAGGAGGGGCCCGCUGCAGGCUCUGUGGGUGGGGCCGGGCUGGGAACCCUAGCCCUGGCCCUGGGCAUCCUGGGAGGCCUGGGAGUAGCCACCCUGCUCGUUGGGGCCAUCCUGUGGAGAAAACGGCAACCCCGAGGAGAGGAGAGGAAGGCCCCAGGAAACCCGGAGGAUGAGGAGGAGCGAGCAGAGCUGAAUCAGUCAGAGGACGCUGAAGCAGCAGCGGAGAACGAACACUUCUGCCGCCAGAGCCCACCCAACCCGUGCUGAGUAAACACCUGACACCUGUUGCCUACUCCCUCCUCGUCGUGUCUGAGAGAAGCAACCUCACCUCUGCGUCCCUGGCAGCCCUGCAGGGGAGGGGCUCCCUCCAGGCCUCCCACCACACCAAGCAUCUAUUCGAGCCGGACGGACGGGAGAGGGACCUGUCCUGGAAGGAGGGAAGGAUUCCCAACAAUAUAUUUCUUUUUUUUU